ACUUGAAAGACGCUGCCUGCGACACAAAAUCAAAACGGUAACUGAAAUUAUUGCGACAACGUUCUUCACAUAAUUCCAUAGUCUAUAUUACUCUACAUCCGAAAUUCCUAUUCGCUGAAAUAAGCGUUGAGAUAUGAACACAGAGGACCCCACUAUGGCAUCUCUCAAUAACCCCAGUACGGUAAUUCCAGAUAACGUAACAUACCAGCGACCGUAUGGGGCAAUAAUUAUCCAAAGAACACCCGGAAACCCGCCCUCAGUUAUCCCUCUACCCUCAACCAUCUUUUCCAUGAGGAAAUCACACAUCCGAGAAAACAUCAGAUUACAGAACGGAGAGAGCAUUGAAACCAUCAACAGCAUCUAUUCCUGUUAUAAGGUGCGGGUAUUGAUGUUUUGCUCGGCGGCAAUCUUGAUUUUGGAGUAUUUUGUCAACUUUAUGUCCCUUCCGUUCGAUGAUAUCCAGAAUCGACCGGUGAUAAACGUAAUAGCCGGGUGCUACGGGAUCUUUAUGUUUGCAAUUAGUGCAUGUUUGUUACCCGUCGCCGCCUCCACCAUCCCCACGAGAGAGUCCUUCAGUGCGAUCAAAAUCUCCGCGGCUGUGCAGUUUUUAGGAACGGUAUUGUGGUUCGUGAGCUUCAUCGUCACCCUCCGGGUGGAGCAUAUGUUUUCGUAUGAUGUUUUUGAGAACUUUGAGUCAUCCCGGUCCGGAAACCGCACUGAUGUCACGGUUUACACCAAGGUGCUUUGCGGCUUGGCCUUUGGGUCCAAUUUCCUCGCCUUUGCACUAUUCUUUGCCAACAUGGUUGUUAUAUGGUGUGGGUUGAUGAACCUCUUCAACAAAGUGGAUAGGAGGAAACGUAGUGACGCGGUGGGGGAGCCCGACACAGAGGCAAUGGCAAAACUCCGAAGCACAAUGUAUCGCACUUAAUGCUCUUUAGCACUGAUGUGGAAACGUUUGCCAUUCAUUAUCCUCUGAUAUACAUGUAUCUAGGAUAUUACUGAUUAAGGAUUACCAAUAUUACGUCGUAUUAAUAAUUGCUACGGUUCAUUCCCACUAGCUAUAUUAACUACAUCACCUUUCCCUACUUUUCAUCUUCUA